AUGGGUGAACAAGGCGCAGGCGGUGGCUUCGAGAGCCACUUGUCUACUCACAGGCGACAGGACUCCACGGCCGAGGAGCCCCUACCGACAGAGACCGUCCCCGAGACGCGCAACCCACCCCAACAGGCCGAACAGGAAGAUCAGAUCAUGCAAGAGUUCUCCAGAGUAUCGAGGGAGCUGGCCACAGAUGGAGGAGAGAGCACGGCUUCAACACCGGCGGCAGAGACGGCACCCAGGCUUUCCAGGAAUUCGUCGACGAGGUCCAACAGGCAAAGCACAAGCGAGUACUUCACCGCCCAUGCCAGGGAUCGCAGGCCCUCACCGCUCUCUCGCAGCUCCAGUGUACCAAUCGCCCCCAAGCCCCUAGAACCCCCAGUCACCCGCGCAACCCUGAGUGAACUCGACGUCAGCAAGAUAAUACACAACCCCAAGCUGCGCCAUGAUAUCAACUUCGACCCUGAGCUACACUUCCGACCCAACUUGGACGGCGAAAAGGGAAAGAGAAAGCAGGAAAAGGCCAAUCAGUUCUGGAACAUGUUGAUGGAGCAGCUAAUACAGUUUAUUAUGGAUCGGGAGGGCUUCUACGCGAGAUAUGGGACAGACGACAACUGGUGCCUGCCAGCACUCCUCAAGGCCGCUCGGGAUAUCAUUGAGACGCUGGUGCCGCAACGGGAUCGCGACUUGCUGAAUGAUGGGUUGAACGUGGAGCUUUUGAUGCAGCAGUUUCACCGCGGUGUUGCGGAUCUGGAAAAGUUGGCGGCCUGGCUAUCCGGCGUUCUGAAGCUACACUGCGCACCGAUGCGCGAUGAGUGGGUGGACGAGAUGUACAAUGAGCUCAGCAACGGGAAUCGGAACAACGACAUGGGCGAGCUGGUCAAGGGAAUGAGGAAUCUGCUUAGUGUGCUGGAGGCCAUGAAGUUGGAUGUUGCCAACCACCAGAUCAGAUGCCUUCGCCCCGUCUUGAUCGAGGACACAGUUCACUUUGAGCAGCGCUUCUUCGUCAAGAAGAUUCAGGCGAGGAAGCUCAGCAUUGCUGCUGCCAAGCAGUGGUACCGCAACGCUGAGAUCGCCGCCUCCAUCGCCUACGCCAACACCCCCAGCCCUCAUGCUCAAGCCUUUGGUGAGACCGGCACUUUCUUCGAGGCCCUCACACAUCUCGUACUGCCUUCCACUUCUACCGGAAACAUUCCCAACACCUUCCUCUUCGACGAGGAGCGCAUCCUCAAGCUCAGGUCAGAUAUGUAUGACAGCAUCUGCCUCGAGAUUUGCAUGCGCAAGUAUGAGGACUACGACAGCCUCUCGAGACAGUUUUCCUCCGGGGUUCCUGCUUACGUAUCUGACGACAACGGCCGUACACUAAGCACCCGCUCGUCCGCGGAAUUCAACUUUUCCCGUCCUUCUAGUCUAACCUUUAGCGACCGCAACUCCCUAUCAUCAACUCCUUCUUCUCCUCGCAGCUCCGUCAUCUUCCCACUCACUACCGGCUCUUGCAUCCCUGCUCAGGACUCUGCCGAAUCCCGCCGAAAGGCACAGGAGCUCUACUCGUCUCUUCUCGCCCUCCUUCACACCGCUCCACCUGCCAGCCGUCCUGACUACAGGUGGAAGAACCUUGCCGGCGCCAUGGCCCUUCAGAUUCUGCGCUUUGUCAACCACCCUCAGGCGUCCCUGGCCGAGCUCGAAUCCAACCUUGUUCGCGUACUAGGCGACCCCACAUGCGAGGUGUUCCGGGAGGUUGAAGCGGAGUUCCAGCAAAAGCUGCUAGGCGAAGUGGCGGUCAAGGUCAAGGAGUUUAGGAAUCUCUCUGGCGUUGGCCUCUUCUCGCGCGCAACUGGUGGAAGAAUCCAGACCCCUGGCACUAGAGCCUGGAAUGCCGGUGGAGCUGGCGAUCACCUUCGCACCCCUGGAGCCAGCAAGGUGAUGGGCAUCCAGAGCCUUGGCGGUAGUGAACCAUUAACGACCGCUACGUCUUCAAGCCCAUCGAGCAACAGGGACCCCCGCGAGGAGGCCGGUGUCGAGGACAUGGCGAUGCGGGUCGCCCAUUUUGGUGUUCUCCACUGGAGAGUCUGGGCACAGUUGGCGUAUAUCGGCGAUGUCGAAAGUGAGUUGGAGAACGCGGACUUGAUGGCUCAGAUGCAGGCCCAGGGGUCAGCGUAUGCCGAGCAGUUUGCCGCGGCCGCUGCGGCUGCCAAUGUUGGGAGGUCAUAGGUUGAUGUGGCUAAAGUGAAAGAGGACACUGCGAG